UGAAGCAGUGGCCCGGGUGCGGGCGAGCGCUCCACGGGUCCGGUCAGGCUGCCGGUGCCGCCCACGCCGUCGCGCAGCACAGCGCUCCACUAUGGCGCUGACUCUUCAAUCAGCGCUGAGCGGCCGCAGCUAUCCGGAGCUGGAUGUGAGCGGCUACCCGGAGCUGAGCGGGCGUGGCUACGCGGAGCUGGGCGUACGCGGCUGUCAGGAGCUGCCGAUAGACCUAAGCCGGCGCCGGUCGCCGUCUCCCGACGUGAGCGUCUCGCUCGGCCGCAAUGUCCUGAUGGAUCGCGCCAUGGGCCCGCCGCCCGGGCAGGCCGCCGGUCUCACUUUGGGCGUGCAGGACCUCCGCGUGCGGCCCUCACACAGCAUCAUCCCCUUCCACAAGCUGCGGCGCCACUCGCAGAAGGGCUCACGCGCGCGGCUGAAGAAGCAGCGCCUGGAGGAGGCCGUCAGCCUACUGCGAGAACGGGAGGGGGGCGGCGAGCCGGAGCGCCGCUGGCAGAGCGAGCGGCCCGCGGAGGAGACCGGCCGGCGAUCCGUCGACGCGGAGGCUACCCCCAGCACGGCCGACGAGCCGCAGCAGCGGCGUCGCGCGCCGCGCACGCUGACCGGGAAGCACGUGCGCCAGGGUCAGGGCGCCAGCCCGGAGACGCUGCGCGUUCUGCGCCGUGUUGUCAUGGAGAAGGCCCGUCUGCGCGAUCUGGGACUUCUGCCGCCGCCCAAAGUCAAGCCCAAGGGCCGCCGCAAGAAGUGA